AUGGCGCCCGCACCACCCCCACAAACAAGCGCCUCAAGCGUCCUCAACUCACCUACAUCCAUCACAACACUCCUCCCCAUCACCGUCGCCAAAGCCCUCGAAACCGGUUCCGCUUCUAGAAUCCCCUCUAUCGAAAUCCUCCCUCCAAAAUCCACUUCCGCCCCCAAGAGCAUUCCCACAUCCACAUUCUCCACCUCCAUCAUAUCCAAAACCAGUUCUACCAUCUCUAGCACCGCUACCGCAUCAGCAACAUCUACUGCCGAUAAAGGAAUAUUUACUCGUCCUUCUGGAAAUCUCACUGCGAUUAUCACGAUGAUUAUCGUAGCGAUUUUUGUGGCGUAUUGUGUGAUUAGGUGUUGUAUUUGUAAGAGUAUGCGGAAGAGGAAGGAGUUGGAGAGGGAGAGGGGAGAUUUGGAACGGGAGAGGGUGAGACAGAUGAGGGAGAGGGAGGCGAUUGAGAUGGCGGGGAGGAUGAGGGAGAGCAGUAGGGAGAGGAUGAGGAAGGAUGGCUGGGAAGAUGUGCUUUUGCAUGGGAGACAUGUGGGUUAG